UUGACCAUAUAGUAACGAAUAAUUGCUAAUUUAUUAUCCUUACCGCAAAGACUGAUAGUCUAAGCGUUUCAACAAGUUAAUUAUAAAUUACCGUGAAGCAUCACACGGCAGUUGCAUAGACCCCUAACCUUCUCCGGUUAAUCCCUGACGUAUUUUGGAAUUAGAUACAGUGGGUUAAGGGAGGCUCUAGGUCAUGUAUGUAUCUCCUGUAGGUGUUGAACACAUAUAACGCACGGUAGCAUCGACGGGUGGUUAACGUUGAACAGGGUGUAUAUUUCGUUGCAGCUGCUAUCUUCGUAGAUUUAUUACAACAUAUUUUAUAGUGCUGUAAUGCGUGUUCUUUCAUGUCGCAGCAAAGAGGGUACGAUAAUUCGAGGGCCUCGGGCGCGGAUGCCUCGAGACCCCGUAACCAUGCUAAGCCAUGGACGAGGCGUCACCGAAAUCCCAAAUCAUCACCUGAAUCUACAAACAGUGAUGGACAUGCGGAACAGUGGCAGCCUCCACCCAAGGCAAAUCAAGUAUUCCCUAAGAAUAUGUGUCCCCCCUUUGGUAUGAUGCCUCCCAUUAUGCCAAAGCAGGGUGCAGGAAUGCCUAGGGCACCUCCUAUGAUGUUUCCCUUCAUGGACCCUGCCAUGUAUCAGAAUAUGAUGAAGAACAUUGCAGUUAAGGCUGCAGGGAAUAAAGGUGAGGAAGUAGACAUGAAAACACUCAUGGCAAAGAUGCCACAUACUGCAAAAAUGCCAUUCCCUAUGCCAAAAAAUAUGCCCUUGAUGGGAAUGCAUACACCUGCUAUGAUGUUCCCACCACCGCUCAUGGGUGUACCUAAGAAACAACCUUAUCCAGGUGCCAUCCCUUUCGUGCCCAAUCCAGCCUUCAUUCCUAAGGUUACAAUGCCACCUGUGGCCAAACAACCUCAGAGCGAACCCACGCCUGGUCAUGCCCAGGCAGAUGUCAAAAGUGAAAAACAACAACACCAUGCGCCUAAGUACCUCAACUUGUCAGAGGUUAAGCGCAUAGGGAGAACGAAACGUCCUCGUUCAUCUGGUGAGGAUGAUUCGGAAAAUAUGAGUGUUAUAUCAGAUGAGGAUUCUAGAAACUAUAAAGGAGGAUCCAAAGCGACCUCCAGCAGUAAUAGCGAGAGCAGUGGUCCUACGAACAUUGCUUUCGUAAACUCAUUCGUACCUUCACCGCCAGAGAGAUAUCGACGUGAUCACCAGUUACAUGAAAUCAAGAUGUUCUCACCAUUAGGUAUUAGGGCCCAUGCUAAGGCUAAACGGUUGUCACCGGAAAUUACAAGUAGUUUUGAAUCUGGACCCAUUAAGAAUGGGAAGCUAGUGCUUCUCCUAGAUUUAGAUAAUACUCUAUUGCAUGCUUGUUCACAGACAAAACUCGAUAUGCUGGACCUUCAAAUAUCGCAUUUUGUGGAUGAAUUAGGUGAACCUGAACUAUUCAAGUUCACCAUGCCUAACUUUGCGAAUAUAAGAUAUUAUAUGAAACUAAGGCCUGGGUUACGUGGAUUCCUUCAGGUUUUGUCGCUAUAUUACGAAAUGUCAAUUUACACUAACGCAACGAAAGAAUACGCUGAUGUCGUUGUAUCAAUAUUGGACCCAGAUAGGUCACUUUUCAUGGAUCGCAUUGUUGCAAGAACGAGUGCUGGAGAAAGGGAUUUGCAGAAAACUGCAGCGAGAUUGUACCCCAAUUUGGAUCCUAGAUUCGUUGUCGCGUUUGAUGAUAGAGCUGAUGUAUGGGCGGAUGUACCUCAUAAUCAAGUAGUUAAGGCUGAACAUUAUGACUUCUUCGACUCACAUAUUGCUGAAUUGAGCGAUCUAUAUGGAAUUGUUAAUUCAAGCACGGAAAACACACUUUAUAUCGAUUCUGACAGGCAUCUGGACCACAUGGUCAAAGUAUUUCUGGAAUUACACAAACGAUUUUUCAAUGACCCAUUCAAAUCCAACGUCGGUACAUUAGUGCAAGAGAUACAGUCAAAUGUGCUGAAGGAUACGGGAAUACUGCUAACAGGAUACAGAAAGAAUUCAAAAGGGCAGGGUCAAGUAUUACAAACGGAUUGUGAACAAAGGCAAAGGGAAAUCGCAGUGGAACUAGGAGCUACCGUUGUUAGCAAAUUGUCGGACAAAAGAUUGACACAUGUAGUUGCAGGGAAAAAUUGUACUGAUAAUGUCAUUAAAAGCAGGGAUCCUGAAUAUUCACACGUUCACAAAGUCCACACAUUGUGGCUUUAUAGCUGCAGAGCUACAUGGACAAUGGUGCCGCCGGAAAAGUUCAAUGUUGACGAAAUAUGCGAUGCCUAUUCAAAUGAACCACCAGCGCAACCAUGCAAAGAUCACUGGAAGAUUCUAAUGGAUGCUUCAAACAUAUCGCCAAAACGUGCUGCACCUGAAACAACACCGGAAGAUCAACUGCCAACACGCAUAUUCAUGGGAACUGGAUCAUAUAGUCAUGGCACAGAACUCAUUUCACCAUUUGAGCGCGUUGUUAUACGCUGGGACCCAGCGAAAACCAAACUGUUGCAGAACAAUGACGCAGAUCCUAUAGAACAGAAGAGUGUCAAGCAAAUUGUAUUGGAAAAUGCGCCUUACACAAACAGUGUAAACCCAGAACAGUUUUCGUAGACUCUAAGUAAUCUGUCAUAAUUC